AUUCAGGCAUAACAACAAAACUAGAUAGAUAGGAUUUCAACCGAUUUAUUCCACGGACAUUAGUCUACAUGCAACAGAUGCACCUUGCUUCUGGUGAUAACCUGCUUCUUGAACAGUGUUAGGUGCCACUAACGACGUCAAGGGGUGUCGACAGCCUCCACUGUCAACCUGAUAUCUUUACCGCGGCUGUUCCUCAGAUACAAGAUGUCAAGUCCCACUGGGUCUUUGCAGCAAAACGUGCCAAGGCACUCACACUACCAAACAUACAACUCCCGAGUUGAAUCAUUUGUUUCCUGGCCUGGACGGUAUGUCCCGAAAACACCCGAGCAACUGGCAACAGCCGGGUUCUUUUACAUCGGGUCAGCUGACCGGGUCACGUGUUUCCAGUGCGGGAUAACUCUGAGAGACUGGGGGGAAGAACAUGACCCUGCGGCUGAGCAUCAGAGAUACUCGGAACACUGUCCGUUCAUCAAGCGGCUAGAGGAGCAGGAAGGCAGGAUAGAUGACCUGAAUUUUGGACCUCCACUGUCUAACAUUGACGAAACCAACGGAGUGAGUCAAAGACCUCCACUGUCUAACACUGACGAAACCAACGGAGUGAGUCAAGGACCUCCACUGUCUAACACUGACGAAACCAACAGAGGUAGUCAAAGACGAGCAGCGGGUGCACCGAAAACCAACAAUAUUAUCUCCAACUUUAAUUGUCUGGACAUCAGAAAACAACUUAAGUUGAUCGUAGGAUUGUUUUUCUCAGAUCCGUUGGUUGAUAAACAAGACCAAACACCUCAAGACGUGUCAGCUUUAGAAGUGAAAAUUUCGACUUUGAAACGAUCGGGCGAAGACAGUGCUACUUUCCUUAAGACCACUGACCAAAAUGAGAAGGAAAACCCUGAAAGUAUGUUUCCUUGCAAUGCUAAUGCACGGAACAGCGGCACAAGGGAACAAUUAGGAAUGUGCAGAUUGUGCACAAAGAAGGAUGUUUCCGUCAUCUUCUUACCUUGUGGUCAUUUCGUUACAUGCAAGUCCUGCGCAAACAAAGUUGACACAUGCAUGACGUGUAAAAUGGACAUUCUGGGACGGACAAACGCCGCUGUAUGCAAGUCUCCAGUCAUGUAGACGAUGGACAUGGCAGUUGCGCAGAGUUGUUUCAUGGACUCGAUUGAAUGAAUGUUAUUUAACGCCGCUCUCAGCAAUAUUCCAGCUAUAUGGCGGACCAGACAAUCCAGUGGAUCUGCAGCAAGAGGAUCGAUCUACGCAACUGGGAUACGGUGACACGUGUCAACCAAGUCAGCCAGCAUGACCACCAGAUCCCGUCAGUCACCUCUUACGACAAGCAUGGGCUGCUGAAGACCAAUAGUAACCCGGAUUAUCAUGGACCCGGGAACAUGAAUUAAUGGACAUUCAACACAUAUAGUGAACAGUUUGUGUAUGAAAUCUUUAAAUGGCAUGUAAUAGUCAUACAAAGAGAAGGGAGGGAUGUAAUUUUCUCAGGAUCUACAUUCCGUUAUCUUAUUCCUUAGUAACAUGGUGAUACCUCAGUACACGCUGAAACGCAGUAAAAUCAAAAGUCUUUCACAAAGUUAAUUUGGCUGCUUUAGAUCGGUUGGGACCAAAGUUGUAUUCAAAUAGUAUAGAUAUUUCAUUUAUCUUAUGUCUGACGUUUGAUU